CCGCUGCGCGCGCUCCAUUCCUGCGUUUCUCUCUCUCUCUCUCCCUCUGACACGCGCGCGCGCUAGUACUUUCCCUCUCGGUCAGGAGCUUCGCCUUGCCGCAUCCAGGCGUGUUUCACUCUCCUCCUGUGCGCUCGGCUCGCUCUGGACUCCACUCAGUAUUCGCCUUCGGGAUUUUUCAAUCUUUUUAACCUCCUCGAGGAGUGAAAACCCCGACACCGCCAUUUCCUCACAGCUCCUUCCGCUCCCUCAGGUGUAUUUCCGCCGCGGUGUUUUGUUUUUGUUUUCGUUGCGGCAUCUGAUUUCUUCACAUCACGAGCAGGUUUUUGGGUCUAAACUGUUCUGUAAAUGGACCUGGUUUUGGAUUACACUCCAACAUCUGAACACUGACGCACUCCAGAGACUUUUUGUUGUUGUUGUUGUUGUUUAUUUUUCCUCCUUCACCUGAGGAAACCGAACUGUCGGUUCAGUCUGUUGAUUUGCCUCUGUGUUUCCGCCAUGUGUUUCUCAGGAGUUACCUGCGGACAGAGGCGCGUCCCUGCUCACAGGGGGAAACGCUGCUGAAACGGCUCACUCUGCCGCUUCCUUCUCGUGUUUUACUGAAGAAAAAAAAAAAAAAAUCAGUUUCCGGCGGAUGGCUGCGGCGCGCGGGCGGACUGAGCGCGCAGUCGCGUGGCCGAGAAUGAGCGCGAGCUUCUGGGCUGCGCUGUUGCUCGCGAGCCUGCUGAUCGCCUACUGCGGUCAGUUGGCGGCUGGGACGUGUGAAAUUGUGACAUUGGACAGAGAUAGCAGUCAGCCGCGAAGGACCAUCGCUCGACAGACAGCCCGCUGUGCCUGCAAGAAAGGCCAAAUUGCCGGUACGACCAGAGCCAGCCCUGCCUGUGUGGACGCCCGUAUCGUGAGGACCAAGCAGUGGUGUGACAUGGUGCCAUGUUUGGACGAUGAAGGCUGUGACCUUUUGGUAAAUAGAUCAGGGUGGACUUGCACACAGCCUGGCGGCCGGGUCAAAACUACCACGGUCUCCUAACACUGGCCGAAGUUCUAAUGGUGUGGAGAGCUUCACAUGGACUCUAUAGAAGCCUGACAAGCUCUUUGCUCCCCCCACCUGCUGUAGAUAACUUGCUGUCUGUCAUCAGCUCAACAUCCGCCUCCAACUGCCUGUCUGUAGCUCCGCUUUGUAAAUGGGCAGCGCCCCCUAGUGCCACGGAGGACAUACGUCCACACUACACCUCACACAGAGCACCCAAGAGCCUGCAGGACUGCUGCUUGUGAGGGGCCUUGUGUUCUCACUGGAUGUCGACACCCUUUUCGAGGCCAGAUCUGAGGUUCUGAUCUGCGCGCCCUGUGAAUAGGCCUUCUGCUGGAGUCCACCUUUGGCACUCAAACAACUUUUACUGACCAAAGAGGAAAAGUAACAAACAAACAGCUCAACAAACAAUACCUUAAGAAACGGAGUUCAGAGAGGGAGGGCUGAGCGAGGAGAAAUUAAGACACCAAGCCCUGUUAUCACACACCAGUGUCCACCGAUUUAAAGCACUGACAUUGAAGAAUUGAUCUGUGCAAAUGAACUGAUCAAAAUGAACUAAAUUCCAGUAGUACCUUUAAUACUUUGCAUACAUUUUUUCCCUCGAACUGAACCCACUGUAUUUUGAAACUGGAAAUAUAGGCACUGUAUACAUACAUUAUGUGUAUAAAGAAAUUGAGAUUUGCAUUUUUUUCAGUAGCAAACUUUGGGACAAUUUGCAAUAAGCAUGGUUGGUCACAGUUAAAGAGUACAAGUGUUGAUCCUCAUUGGACAAAAAAGUGAAUAUAUGAACAACAACAACAACAAAACAUCAUUUCAAAUUGCCGGAGGAGGAGCCAGAAGUCAUUAAAUGUAUUUU